AUGAUGCCUGGGGCGAGGUGGAAAAUUAAGGAAGAGUCGGACAAAGUGUCCGUUGUGGGCUCGAGGGUACCCGGUCGGGAGGGUCAGGCGGCGACUGCCGUAGAAGAGCUGGAGAGCCACAUGGCGGAAGUUAAAUUGUCAGUCAGCAAGAUGACAGAACUGGCGGGUUUUCCUUCACACCGCUCGAGAGCAGACGUCACGGCGACGGGGAUAUCGACGUCACCGGGUGCGGAAUUGGCUGGGCCUGCUUAUGUAAACAGAGAUGGCAGCGGCCUAUUGCCAUUAGCCACGGUAGCGGCUAAACUACCAAAGUUCAAUGGACAAGGUACAUGGGAAGUUUUUUUCACUCAAUUCGAGUUGUUGGCUAGAGCCGGGAGGUGGUCUGACGAGACGAAAGCGUUACAGCUUGCCCUGAGCCUGGCAGAGGAGGCGUCGGAAUGCCUGUUAACGCUAGCCCCAGACGAGAGGGGCGACUACGGUGCGCUAGUGGAGGCAUUGGGGGGCCGUUUCGGCAGCGACGCGCAGCCCAACAUGCUGCGGAUUGAACUGAGUAACAAAAAGAGACUUCAGGGGGAAUCAUUAAAGGCGUUGGCAAGUGGUAUUCUGAGCCUGACCAGGCGGGCUUAUGCAACUAUGCCGAUUGGGGUGCAAGACGAGCUGGCACGGGACAGUUUUAUUAAAGCGCGCUCUUCCACCGAACUGGAUAAGUAUGUUCAGAUGGCGGACCCACCAUCUCUGCGGGCUGCAGUGGAGAUAGCCAGGAAGAGGGAGCUGAUCUGGGGUGAGGGAGUGCGAGUGGAAGUCGCCAGUCAACCAGAGGUGAGAGCAGCGGUGGCUGGGGUGCCAGGGGUCACAAAACCAGAGUGGGUUGACGAGUUGGGCGGGCUAGUCAAGACUGCUUCGCUUGUCAUGGAGAGGGGCUCCAGGCAACGUCGCAGUGUCAGCUCGACUCCUAUUGUCUGCUGGGGUUGUGGCCAGCCUGGCCACAUUCAGCGGGAGUGUGGCAGAUUCUCCCGUCACCAGGGAAACGACAGUGGGUUCGGGGGCGGGCCCGCGCUGCCCCCUGCGCGAGAACCCGCUGUCGUAAGCAAAAGAGGUACCCAACAGCGCAGACAAGAGGGUGGGGACCUGCUCCCCCAGGGUGUAGCUGCCGCCGUGUUUCCUAGUCCGGUAGUUGUGGUGGGACGUACCACCGUUGGGGACUUCUGCAAUGUCAUCGUCAAGGUAGAGGGGGUGGAAUGUUUGGCCCUGGUCGACACGGGCUCUACAGUAACCCUGGUGAGACCAGACAUACUACCUGUUGGGGUGCGGGUGGAGCCGACCCAUGUCCAGCUACGGACUGUCACGGGGGAGCUAGCCCCCAUGUUAGGGAAGUGUCAGCUAUCUGUGACUUUGGACUUAGCGUCGGGCACUUUGAGGCUGUCGGGGGGUCCCACAGUGGGAAUGUCGCCUUCGGGAGGGCGGGCAGGGGGCAGGGCUGUCCCUCCGUCUUCCUCCAAGCUUGCAGAAACUCCACCGGUCAUCCCGGCUGCUCCCUUGGUCGUUGUGCCAUCCCAGCUGCUGUCUCCGGCGGCGACGGCCUUCACUCCCCAUAAUGGUGCAAGCACAGGCAGCCCAGUAGCCCAAAACACACUGGCUCCUUCACCCCAUCAGCGCGACGGGGGGAAGGAGGAAGCUAUCGACGCCGUCGAGGCUGUGUGGCUGAGGAACUGUCAGGGUCUGGAUGAGAGACAACAGAGACAGUUAAAGCAGCUGCUGUUGGACUUUAAAGAUAGCUUUGCUUGGAGGGAAGAUGAGGUAGGACAAACGCACCUAGUUCAGCACGAAAUAGACACUGGGGACGCCCGACCCAUUAAAAUUCGGCCCCGUCGUAUUCCCCUUGCCAGGAGGGAAGCAGCAGACACAGCUAUUUUUGACAUGUUGCGGGCUGAUUUCAUUGAGCCAUCAGAUAGCCCAUGGUCCGCGUCGGUCGUCAUGGUGCCUAAGAAAGGGGGUAAACUUAGGUUUUGUGUUGACUACAGGGGCCUAAAUUCUGUCACCACUAAAGACUCUUAUCCCCUACCGAGGAUUGAUGAGUCGCUAGACCACGUGAGAGGGUCCUCGUGGUUCUCCUCCCUUGAUCUGCGCAGUGGCUACUGGCAGGUGCCCCUCUCGCCAGGGGCAUGUGAAAAAACGGCCUUCUCCACAGAUAGGGGCCAUUGGCAGUUCAAGGUGCUGUGCUUCGGGCUCUGUAAUGCUCCUGCCACCUUUGAGAGGCUCAUGGACAGAGUGCUGGCGGGGGUUCCGAGAGACGAGUGUGUUGUGUACCUAGACUACAUAUUGGUGCACGGCACAUCGUUUGAGGGGGCACUGGGGGCAAUUAGGCGAGUGUUGGAGAGGAUCUCGGGGGCGGGGCUAAAAUUACAUCCGGGAAAGUGCCAUUUCAUGCAAAGGGAGGUGGCGUUCCUGGGGCAUCAGCUGGGUGGUGAGGGCAUCAGUACGAUGCCAGACAAAGUAGAGGCUGUGAGGGGGUGGCCAGUUCCAUGGGGGAAAAAAGAGAUUAAGAGCUUCCUGGGGCUGGCAUCCUACUAUCGUAGGUUUGUGAAGGGGUUUGCGGGGGUAGCGGCUCCUUUGAACCACCUUCUCAAGGAGGACACUGUUUUUCAGUGGACCGAAGAGCACCAGCGGGCGUUUGAGGCCCUCAAACGUGCCCUGAUGGAGGCCCCUGUCCUGGCCUCACCAGACCCGAACCGUCCGUUCAUCCUGGACACCGACGCAAGCAAUGAGGGUUUGGGGGCUGUGCUGGCUCAGCGUGGUCCUGAUGGGCAACACGUAGUAGCUUAUUACAGCAGAACUUUUGAUAAGGCUGAAAAACGCUACUGCGUGACAAGGAGAGAGCUUUUGGCUGUCGUGGCAGCAGUACGCCAUUUCAAGUACUACCUGGGGGGCCUGCCGUUUGUGGUCCGGACGGAUCACUCCGCCCUGCAGUGGCUUCUCUCCUUCAAGGAGCCAGAGGGUCAGAUUGCCCGCUGGCUGGAGGAGCUGCAACCCUACGACUUCCAGGUGGAGCACAGAGCCGGCCUUCGCCACAGCAAUGCAGACGCCUUGUCCCGCCGCCCGUGUGCUGAGGAUGGCUGUGGGUACUGCGCCAAAUGGGUGGAGCGAGAGAGAGAACUGUGCAGGGAGGAGGGAGUCACCGCCACGGUGAGUCAGCUGAGUGUGACAGAGUGCCGGGAGCUUGAGGCUGUGGACGUUGGGGAGUGGAGGCGUCGCCAGGAGGAGGACGCAGAGCUGCGUCCUGUGCUGCGGUGGGUGGAAGAGAGAAGACGACCGCCGUGGGGGGAAGUAGCCCCUCUAUCACCAGUCACCAAAGGACUGUGGGCUAAAUUCACAGUCCUUAGAGUGGCUGAGGGAGUGCUCCAGAGGGGGUGGAAAAAGCCAGCGACUGGAGAAAUUACGUGGCAGGUAGUGGUGCCCAAAAGGCUGCAGGGGAGCGUGUUACAGCAGCUUCAUGGGGGAGUAGGCGCAGGGCAUUUUGGGGUCUCCAAAACGUUAAAGCGCGUGCGUAAAGGCUUCUAUAGGGCCAGGCACAGGAGGGAUGUUGAGGACUUUUGUAGGCAGUGCGACGAGUGUGCUGCUAAAAAAGGACCUCCAGGUCAGUCACACGCCCUCCUACAACAAUUCCCAGUAGGGGAGCCCAUGGAGAGACUGGGGGUAGACAUAGUAGGGCCGUUUCCAACCACAGACAGCGGUAACAGGUGGAUUCUAACCGCUAUGGACUACUUCACCAAGUGGCCGGAGGCUUACGCUCUCCCAGACCAGGAGGCAGAGACAGUAGCUGAUGCGUUGGUGGGGAGAAUAAUCAGUCGGUUUGGGGUGCCACAGUCUAUUCACAGCGACCAGGGGAGAAACUUUGAGUCACGGGUGUUCUCAGAGUUGUGUAGACGGUUAGGCGCGGAGAAGACGCGCACUACUCCGCUUCACCCCCAGAGUGAUGGGCUGGUGGAAAGAUUUAACAGAACAUUAGCACAGCAGCUGGCCUUCGUUACCUCAAAACACCAGAGAGAUUGGGACACCCACUUAUCGUUUAUUCUUAUGGCGUGUAGGUCGGCUGUUCAAGAAUCGACUGCGUGCUCCCCAGCACUACUAAUGUUAGGUCGUGAGUUGCAACCGGUUAGAAGCGGCUCACACUUCGCAAGAGAGCAACUCGAGAACGCAGGGGUGCGCCAAAAGCGCCACUACGACUCGCGCGCUAGGGGGAGGCACUUUGGAGCGGGAGAAUGUGUGUGGCUUCACAACCCCAAGUGCAAGAAGGGGCGGUGCCCAAAGCUGGACAGUGCAUGGGUGGGGCCGUGUCUGGUGAUAGAGAGAGUGGGGGAGGUGACAUACCGGGUGGAGGUCCCCCUACUGAGCAGGAAGGUGGUGGUCCACCGGGAUCGAUUGGCACCCUACAGAGGGAGGAAAACGGUAGGGAAUGGGAGUGAGGUCUCUGAUGUGAGCCCACGGGAACAGUCUAACGAGGAGACUCUAGCGCAACCUGAGCCUGGGGAGGGGGCUGCUUCUUCGGAGGGCGCUGGAAAUGACAUUGGGGCAGAGGAGUGUUCUGGGGGUUCACCGGUGAGAGUCACGGGGCGGCCCAAGAGACUGAUGCGACCUCCGGGUCGUUUUAGGGAUUUUGUUGUGUAA